AAUCUACCAAAACUGGCGUCAGUUCAAGAUUUGAUUCGGCCUACUUCUAUGCGUUCGAGAGUCUGGAAACAUUUUCUUGGUGUUUACCAUGUAUCUGCCAAUGAAUAUAUUCGCCUUAUACAAAAAGGAAAAUCUUGCGUUUAUGAUAAGGUUCGAAAUGAUACAUUCAGAACUUUAGCCACAGAUAAAAAAUUUUUAGAACGAGUCAAUGAAGACAUGUUAAUUCGUGUACUGAAUGCUUUUGUCUGGAAAAUGAAGUCAUCCGGAAAUCAAACCGUUACUUAUGUUCAGGGAAUGAAUGUUCUCGCCGCACCUUUCUUAUUCACUAUGUCAGAGAUAGACGCAUUUUUUUCUUUUGCUACGUUUAUUCAGACAUGUUGUCCUUUAUAUGUUACACCUACACUUCAAGGUGUUCAUUGUGGGCUAAAGCUCCUGGAUCAAUGUCUUCAAAUUAUUGAUCCCAAAUUAUUCAAUCAUCUAAGGUCAAAAAGUCUUACUGCAGAAAUCUAUGCUUUUCCUUCUGUACUUACAUUGUGUGCAUGCACACCUCCUCUAGAACAAGUUUUAAAAUUAUGGGACUUUCUGCUUGCAUAUGGUGUUCAUUUAAACAUCCUUUGUGUCAUUGCACAGCUCCUCUUGAUGAUGGAUCAACUUGUAGAAGCACCAAUUCCAAUGAAAUUAUUGAGAACAAUGCCAGAAUUAAAUGCCAAGUCCAUCAUAAACCUAACUAUUCAACUCGUUCAACAAAUUCCUGACGAGUUAUAUGAUCAACUUGUUAAACAUCCAUUUGAUUCAUCAGUUGCAGCCAGCUAG